GCUCAAUUAAAAAUGAGAAACAGACCCGACCCAACUACAAUUGUCACAAAACAAAGAGAGACUCCCCCUUCCAAAAUCCAUGGACUCGCGAUGCAUUUCUCUUUAUAUAAUAAACAAAAACCCCACAUUUUCCCAACAUCCAAACAAGAAACAGAAAAACCUUAAAAAAAUGAGCAGUCUUUCCAUCCACCCACUAAUUCAGUUAAAAACCCACCAUCAAUUUCGCGCCAAAAAAACCAGAAAAUCCAUAGCUAUCCGUGCUUCCAGUGAUAACCCUCAAAGCCAAAGACAACAACAACAACAGCUCAAUCUCUCUGUUCUUCGUUUCACUUUUGGGAUACCUGGACUGGAUGAAUCAUACUUACCAAGAUGGAUUGGAUAUGGGUUUGGUUCCCUUUUGAUAUUGAAUCAUUUUCUGGGGUCCAUUCCAGACACCACUCAAGCACAGCUGAGAACUGAGGUUUUAGGACUUUCUUUGGCUGCUUUCUCUGCUGCACUUCCGUACUUUGGAAGGUUUCUUAAGGGUGCUACUCCAGUCGAUCAGGGAACUCUUCCUCAAGAUGCCGAGCAAAUUUUUGCAAUGUCCCAGAAUAUUUCUGAUGCUCAGAAGGUGGAUUUGGCAUGGGCAACAUACAUUUUAUUGCGCAAUACAAAUACCAUAGCUGUGUUGAUAUCAAUUCAAGGUGAAUUAUGUGUUCGUGGAUAUUGGAAGACUCCAGAUAAGAUGUCAAAAGAUGAAGUGCUUGAUUGGUUUAAGGAACAGAUUGAAAAUAUUGGCUUGUCUGACGUGAAGGACACCCUCUAUUUUCCUCAGACUACAGAAUCUGAGAUUUGGGAGAUGCUUCCCGAGGGAACUCGUUCGCUACUGGUAGAGCCUGUGCUUCAAGCAACAGUCCAAAGUGGCAAUAAGACAGAAAAUAAUGAAGGUUUUAUUCUGUUGGCUUCAAGCAUGGGGUACGCUUAUAGUGAUAAAGACAGAGCCUGGAUAAGAGCAACUGGAAACAAAUUUAGAGGUAAAAGCACAUGUUCAGAAUUAUAACUAAAUCUGUGACUCAAUUUUCUCUGUAGAUUCAAUGUUCAAUUUUAUUGGAAAGUCUGUUUUAGUUCUUGCAUUUCUCUCUGCAUUCAAAUGUCAGUACUUGGCUGUGCUAGUGCAAUUCCCUGAGACAAUUUGCUGCCCGCAAGUUUAUACUCCUUUUAUA